UACUUAAUUGUAAUUCGCACUACAACAUGUAGCGUCAAGGGCCACUCUCUUCACCGGCGCGUGAGGAUUCCCAUGCAUCGUUUCUUUUUCUCUGGCUAAUCUAUCUUCUUCUAUCUACAUUUCAAUUCAAUGACUAUGACUUGUUUGUCGAGGCACCACCUUGACAGCUACACCUCCGCCCAGACUCCAAUUUGCGACUGAAGAAGACCCACGAUUACCAACACAGAAUUUGCACGUUAGCAGCCUGUGAAUCUCCUUUCCUUACCGGUGAACCUAUGGCGGAGCUGGCUCAGGCCGCCGAUGUUUACGCUCCGAGGACUCUACCUGCGUGGAGGUCGCUGCUUAACUGGCUUCUUUUCUUCUUUCAGAUCUUUGUUCAGAUCGUUAGAGGAACGCCUUCUCUCAGUCAGGUACUUUCCUAUGUCGGCUUGCGUAAUACCUCUUUCCUUUCUUCUACGCCGCAGUUCAAGCCGCUCCCUAUUGUUGAGCUGCCGGAGUCUCAGGAGCCGCCGCACCAGCCUCUUACUGUUUCUACCUUGCAAAUCGCCGCCGGAAGAGUUCCAGAUGCUAACGGAGAGCAAAGACUCACGGUGGUUCUUGACUUGGAUGAAACUUUAGUUUGUGCCUAUGAGACAUCAAGUUUGCCCAAUAUCGUACGCACCCAGGCUACAGAGGCUGGAUUAAAGUGGUUUGAGCUUGAGUGCACAUCUUCAGACAAGGAAUGCGAAGGCAAACCUAAGAUCAAUUAUGUCACAGUUUUUGAACGUCCUGGAUUGCAUGAGUUUCUAAAAGAACUCAGUGAAUUUGCCAAUCUUGUCUUGUUUACUGCUGGGCUUGAAGGUUAUGCAAGACCUCUUGUUGACAAAAUUGAUGUUGGAAAUAGGUUUAGCUUGAGACUUUAUCGGCCUUCAACAAUUAGCACGGAGUACCGAGAACAUGUGAAGGAUUUAUUAUGCAUUUCAAAGGACUUAAGCCGAAUGGUCAUUGUUGAUAACAAUCCAUUCAGUUUCUUAUUACAACCUCUAAAUGGAAUUCCAUGCAUUCCAUUUUCUGCUGGACAACCACAUGAUAUACAGCUUUUGGAGGUAAUUCUUCCACUUCUCAAGCAUCUCUCCAAGCAAAAAGAUGUGCGGCCUGUGCUGUAUGAUAGAUUUCAUAUGCCAGAAUGGUUUCAAAAGCAUGGAAUCCCUGCUUCUGCAUUGACAAGCGGGGAAUGAAAAUCUCUGGUGAAAUUGUUACUAAUUCCUGGACACCAAUCCUGUAAUUGUUCUGGGAGGGCAGUCCUCUUCACCCGAAGAACAAUUUUUGUAUAGCUAAUUUUGUGCAGAAGAGCAACCAACAGGGAGGUCUCAAGUACUGAUCGGAAUGUUCUCUCCCACUAUAUCGCAGAACAUUCUCAUUGUGGAAAUUAAGAUUAUUGUGUAACUUGUUCAUAGCCCCUGUUCUUGGACGAUGUUAGUGUUUGUGCAAUUGUGUAAACAGUCAUUGCCAAUAAUUAUUCCCUUCUCUCUGAAACAAUUCUAGUUUAAAGGUUUGACCGUUGGGAUGCUCUCUUCAGGAAUGGUAAUGUUAAAAACAUUCUAGGUGACA